CAUCGCUCGAACGUCAAACAGAACGAUAGAAUUGAGACUGCCACAUAGAGCAGUCGACCAAAUUGUAAUCACCGCCAUGUCAUCGGAAAACUUACUCCCUCUCGAACUCAUCGACAAGUGCGUCGGUUCGCAGAUAUGGGUUAUCAUGAAUGGCGGGAAGGAGUUCACCGGCAAGCUAGUUGGCUUUGACGACUACGUCAACAUGGUUCUGGAAGACGUCACUGAGAUUGAUCCCGCCGAGGGCAACAACAAAUUACCGAAGAUCCUGCUCAACGGCAACAACAUUUGCAUGAUGGUUCCCGGAGGUGAUGGUCAGACAGUCCUUGAAGAUUAGAUUAUCAACGCCCAAAAAGCUGUUGGUGCAAGACGUCUGGGUUCGGCACCAGUGCCACAUACCGUUCUGUAUGGGUGGUCUCAAAGGCAGUGCUACGCUGUUCAGAGAUGGACGGAUCAGCACAGCGCAGAUAGCAUGCACAUCAGUCUGGAAGUGGACAAGCAAGCUAUGUCACAGGAUCCAAGCCUCUAGUUAUGAUGAUCCAUUGAAGCAACUGGGGCCGCGAAAGGUACCGAAAGGUGUACCGUGAAACAUGACUCCACACGUGACUCGGCCUUAUGUGCCGUACUAAUAAGAGAACCUUACAACACACCAGGUGACCAUCGGACAGAUGUGAGAGAUUGGUGAUUGCUGUCCAGACUCAUGAAGUCAUGUAUUAUCGAGACGGCAGCUAAGUUUGCGUACGUCAAGAAUCUGGCUGGUUCGAUAAAUUUCACG